AUGGCAAGUGAUAGUCAAUCUCUUAUUGAAGAAACUAAGGCAGCCGUGGAGAAUCAUUUCAAACUUAAGGACAUGGGAACUUUAAGAAAAUAUACUUUGGAACUACUUCAAGAGUAUAGCCAGUUAGCGACUAAGCCUAGCAGUAUACCUAUAGAGGUUAAUCAUUAUAAGGUGCACGAUACUCAAUACUUGUUGAGUGAUCCUUUUGUCUACAUAAAGCUAGUUGGACAGCUAAUGUAUUUAACCUUGAUCAGACCGGAUAUUACCUAUGUUGUGCAUCUUAAUGCUUAUACUGAUAGUGACUGGGCAUCUUGCAAAGAGACCAAAAAAUAUUUAACAAGAUUUUGUAUCUUCAUUGGAGACUCAUUGGUUAGUUGGAGAUCGGAGAAACAAAGCACUGUUUCUAGGAGUUAUGCAGAAGCAAAAUAUAGGGCCAUGGCAUCAACAACAAGUGAAAUCAUGUGGUUGCUUUAUCUGUUGAAGGACUUCGGCAUAGAUCAUACAUAA